AGGAAUAAUUAUUCCAACGAAACAACUAGCAAACCACGUGAGCCACAAAGAAACAGAGUUCAAAUUGUCUAAUGGAGGAUACUAAACAGAGUUGUUGCACUGCUUUCAUUCAUUUUGCAUCAUCCAUUUAUGUACCUUCUUCAUACGUAUAAGAAAGAAAAGGGACGUGGAUUUUGCGAGCUUUCAUUAUAAAAAGGUUUCUAAGUUAGAGAAAGAGACAAUGGCCAUCGAAGACAAUUGCAAUGUGCAUGGAGAUGUAACCAUACCUCUAUUGGAAGAAGGGAAGAAUAUAGGUGAUGAAGAAAAUGGAUACACUGAUGAAAAGACAAGCGGCAAACCUAGUCUAUGGAUGGUUUACCUCAGCACAUUUGUUGCGGUCUGCGGUUCCUUUGCCUUUGGAUCCUGUGCAGGCUAUUCCUCGCCGACUCAGACUGCCAUCACGAAAGAUCUUUCACUUAGUCUAGCAGAGUAUUCAGUGUUUGGUUCUAUACUGACUUUCGGUGCAAUGAUUGGUGCAAUCACGAGUGGACUGAUUGCUGAUUUUAUCGGUCGGAAAGGGGCAAUGAGAACAGCUACUGGCUUCUGUGUUGCAGGGUGGCUUGCUAUUUUCUUUGCUAAGGGGGCUUUGUCUUUGGACAUUGGAAGAUUGGCAACAGGAUAUGGAAUGGGAGUCUUUUCAUAUGUUGUCCCCGUGUUUAUAGCCGAAAUCGCACCAAAGAAUCUUCGAGGAGCGCUAACAACUGCAAACCAGCUUAUGAUCUGCUGUGCCGUGUCGGUUGCAUUCAUAAUAGGGACGGUUCUAACUUGGAGGACGUUAGCACUAACUGGACUCAUUCCUUGUGCAAUUCUGCUAUUUGGACUAUUUUUCAUUCCAGAGUCUCCUAGGUGGCUGGCAAAGAUAGGACAUGAAAAAGAAUUUGAAGCUGCACUACAAGAUCUUCGUGGAAAGGGUGCUGAUAUAUCGGAGGAGGCAGCCGAGAUUCGGGACUACAUAGAGACUCUCGAACGGCUCCCGAAAGCCAAGAUGCUCGAUUUGUUUCAACGAAGAUACUUACGAUCAGUCAUUAUAGGAGUUGGUUUAAUGGUGUUUCAACAAUUCGGGGGAAUCAAUGGAAUCUGCUUUUAUCUGAGCAAUAUUUUCGAGUCAGCAGGUGUUUCUCCGAGUAUAGCGACGAUAACAUACGCUAUUAUUCAGGUUCCAAUUACAGCACUUAACACAACUGUGAUUGAUAAAGCUGGUAGAAAGCCUCUAUUACUGGUUUCUUCAACAGGAUUGGUCCUUGCCUGUAUACUAUCUGGGACUUCAUUCUAUCUUAAGGACCAUAAUUUGGCACCAAGUUCAGUUCCCAUUCUUGCCGUAACAGGCAUAUUGAUGUACAUAGGAUCUUUUUCAGCUGGAAUGGGUGCAGUUCCUUGGGUUGUAAUGUCUGAGAUAUUUCCGAUAAAUAUUAAAGGAAUAGCAGGAAGCUUAGCAACACUUGUGAACUGGUUUGGUGCAUGGGCAGUGUCAUAUACAUUCAACUUCCUCAUGAGUUGGAGCUCCUAUGGUACCUUCAUCAUUUAUGCUGCAAUCAAUGCAGUGGCUAUAGUGUUUGUAAUUACAGUGGUUCCUGAAACAAAGGGGAGAACCCUGGAACAAAUUCAAGCAGCCAUUAAUGCAUAGAGAAACAAGAAAAUGCAGCAGGUAUUUCAUUCUUCAGUGGAGCACAUUUCUGGAUUCUUUUUCAAAGAUCAAGCGAAAAUGGAUGUUACAUUUGAGGCAAAUAAAAGUUAUAGCAGAAUGAAAA